AUGAAUGCUCACAUGAAGCAAUCGAUUGUCAAUAAAGUUUUGAAAGAGGAUCAAACAAUCCUUAUUGUCUGGCUAUCUGGCCGUCUGGUUGGGCCGUCAUUGUUCCUGUAUUCUAUUGAUAAAAAGGUAGGGAGUAUAAUCACCUAUACCUAUGAAGCCUUUGUGGAAUGCAUGUAUAUCACCAGAAUUCACGGGUGCUCAAGUAUGAGAGAGGUUUGGGACCCUUUGGACAAAGUAUCCAAAAUUGGUUCUCGUACUACGAUUCAAGGGUGGUACAUGAAAGCUUACCAGCCUAUUGAAAAUACAGGCACAUAA